AUGGGGAACGUUUCGACCACUCGCAGGAAAAGCGGGAGCAAGGAACUCGAGAAGUACUGCAAGCCUACGGGCCUGUACGAAACAUGUCCGUGGGACGAGCGGGUAGUUCGCCGCUGGAUCAUGGACGGCCAGGUCGCCCCGCGCUACCCCGGCGCGGAUGCUCCCAGCUUCGGCGGCCCGGGAAAGGAAGCAUCCGGCGGCGGUGGCGGCGGCUUGGGCAGCGCGAGCGUGAGCGCGGGCGGCGUGAUUGGCUACGAGACGACGGUGAGGGCGACCUUCGGGCCUGGAGCGGUGGGCACGGGGCGGAGCGGUGGCGGCGGAGCAGCGGCAGCGGGAGGAGGAGGGGGCGGGGGCGGGGGCGGGGGGCAGCGGGCGCAAGAGCAGCAGAAGCAGACGGAGGAGUGCCCCAUCUGCUUCAUGCACUACCACGGGGUGAACCGAACCACCUGCUGCGCGAAGCCGCUGUGCACGGAGUGCUACCUGCAGGUGAGGCCGCCCCGGUCUUCCGUGGUUUGCCCAUUCUGCAACUGCACCAAGUUCUCGGUCGAGUACCUCGGGCCUCCCAGCGAGGAGGAUCGCGAAAAACGCAUGGCCGAAGAACAACGCACGAUCGAGGCCCGCAUCCACGCGGAGCAGGAGGAGCUGAUGCGGCAGGUUAAGGAGAGGAACGCCAGGGAGACGAGCGCCGCCGCUGCGGCCGCCGCCGAUGCCGCCGCCGCCGCUGCUGCUGGUGCCGCCGUUCCGGCAGCCGGCGCGGAGGAGCAGGGGGGCGGUGGAGGAGGGAAUGGGGACGGGGGGCGGGGCGCCGCAGGGGCGGGGUCGUCAUCAUCCGUUUCGUCGUCGUCUUCCACGGCGGCCCGCAGGCCCUCCUUCGCGACGGUGGCACAGCGCCGGAUGACCGAGGACCAGAUCCGGAAGCAGCACGUGCCCCCCGCUACGGCCGCAGCCGCGGCGGCGAUGGCGGCGAGCAUCGGCAGGCAGUCCUCGACGGGGGCGGCGGCGGCGGCGGGGGUUGCCGGGGGACGGGUCGCUCCCGGGUCGCUGGAUCACGCGCUGGCGGUGUCGGCGGCAGCCGGCCGUCACCACCACAACCGCAGGGGUUCUCGCAUUGGCCCCGGGAGGCGUCGGUCUUACUUGGAGGGGGCGGGCGGCAACGAUGGCGCGGACGAAUUUCAUGCGGACGGUGUCGGCGAAGGCGAGAUCCAGCAGGUGGAGGACCUUAUGCUGGUGGAGGCUCUCCGCUUGUCCGUGCUAGAGGAGCAGGCCAGGAGAGAGCGGUCUGGGGACCUGAUGAGAGCUGCGACCGCUGCCUCCGCUUCUGCCAGCACGGCUUCUUCUGCCGCCGCCGCCGCCGCUGGAUCUGCACGGCGAUCUUCUCCCACUCUGCAGGGCGCGACCGCUGAGGCAGCCUCUCUCGGAGCCCGUCUCGCCUCCCCUUACCGGAAUCGCUUACAGCAGCCGUCGUCGGAUUCCGCCGCCGCCGCCGCCGCCGCAGGGGCCGCUGCAUCGGCUUCCCCUCUUGCGGCGGGUUCUUCCGGCGCCGGUGCUGGUUCAGGGGCGGCGGGGGGAGCUGGCCCUGCAGCAUCAGCUUCUUCUUCCUCCGCUGGAGGAGGAGGAGGAGGCGGCGGCGGCGGCGGUGGGCCGCUGGGCUUCUUCUCGACCGGCAGCUUGGCUAGCUGGUGGGAUCCCGAGGCGCAGGGAAGCGGCAGCGCGACACGCGAAGGAAGAGAUGCGGGUUCUCCUGCGGCGGCGGCGGCGGCGGCGGCGGCGGCGGCUGGUGCUGCUGGUGCUGCUGGUGCUGCUGGUGCUGCGGGGCCUCUCGAAGGAGAGAGCUCCGCGUGGGUGAAAGCGGAAGACCCAGAACACACCGGCCCGGCGACGGCGGCGGCGGCAGCCGGGCAAGGGAAAAAAACGGAAGACGAGAAGAAGCAAGGGCGGGCGGUCUGGGGAGACAGCACGGCGGCGGCGGAGGCGGCGGCGCCUCCAGUCGGGAAUGAGGGCAAGGGGGAAGCGCAGGCGGGGGUUGCUGCCAGGACAGCGUUUUAUCGAGGGAGCGCCGCCGCUUCAGCGAUCGGCGGCUCCGCCGCGAUGAGUGGCGGCGGCAGUGGCGGCGGCGGGGCAAGGGCGGGGGAAGAAGGCUACCCGUCGGAGAUCCCUGAGUCGGAGGAAGAGCAGCUGAUGCUCGCGAUCGCGCUGAGCUUGCGGACGAGCGGGGGGGGCGCAGAAGAUGGGGCGGCGGCGGCGGCGGCGGCGGCGGCAGCAGGCGCCUCCGGCCAAGCAACAGCGAGCGUCGAGAAGGCGGGUGCUGCCAUCGGCGUGCCUGACGAUGCGAGGCAGCAGAGUGCCUUCGGCGCGGGCUGGUCGGCGACGGGCGGCGGUGCUGGUAAAGGCAGGGCGGCGGGGUGUCCGAGAACGUCGGAGGAAAUGUUGCGGUGGGUGAUGAGCGAGAAGAAGAAGAUGGCCGCGGCGCAGGGUGGUGCCGAAGAAGAGCCUAUCCCCAACUCGAAGCUUCCGCCACCUCCGUCCGAUUCCUCGGCCCCGGAGUUGACGGGUGUGGGUAGUGUGGCGGCGCGCGGUACCACCGCCGAAUCAGCGACCGCAGGCGCGGCGGCGGUGGAGGGAAAGGAGGAGAAGGAAGAAGAGCUGCGGGGCAAGCCUCCAGCUCCUGCUGCAGGGAGCGCCGCUGGCGGCGUCUCUAUGCCCUCCCGAAAUGCUGUGACCGAGGGAGAUGCCGUUGCGGCGACGCUGCCGCCCGCGGAAGGAGGAGGAGCGGGAGCGGCAGUCCCCGCAGCCGUCGUUGGCUGUAGCAGCACCCAAGCGACCGCCGCCGCUUCUGCUUCCCCUGUUGCUGGUACUUCUGCUGGCGCUGCUGGCGCUGCUGGUGGUGCUCCCGCCUCCGUUGCCGUCGAAGAAAGCCGGGGUAUGCUUUCUGAACGAUCGCCACCGGCGGCGGCAGCGGGGGGAGCCCUUGGUGUCGGAGCGGUUGCCGUCAUAACAACGUCGAGGGCCGCUUCUUCUCCUCCAGCAGACGAAGUGGCGGCGGCGGCGGAGGAGGAGGAGGAGGAGGAGGAGGAGGAGGAGGAGGAGGAGGGCUCGAGGUCGUCGCCGCUGCCUCCGACCGUCCCCGUUGCCGCGGCGGCCACGUCCACCGCUUCGCCCGGCGGUGUGGUUGGACCCAGCCAGGACGGCGGCGAAACGAGCUGCGAGGGCGGCGGCGGUGGCGGCGUCGACGGCGACGAAAGCUCCGCCACUCCCCCCGGUGUGACGGAGACUGUCGCGGGAGUCCCGGCGGUGGCGGUAGUCGCAGAAGGGGAAACCGCAACAGAGGAAGGAGGUGCGGCUAUGGGACGGCCCGUGGGCGGCGAUGACGGCGGCGGCGGCGCCUCUACGCCGCCGGUGGAAGCCGGACCCGUUUCUUCUUCGGCGGUGGUGCCGGCACCGCCGUCUUCCUCCGUGGGCGAUGGCGUCCGCUGCUGCUCGCCGGUUGGUGCCGCUAGCACCGCCUCCGGUGCCCUCGCGCAAGAGGGCGUGCGGGGGCAGGACAGCGGCGGCGGCGUCGGCGGUGUCCCCGAGGAGGAGGGUGCCACGGCCGAGGUUGGCGAAGAUGGCGGCGGCGAGCUCGCCGUCGUUUGCGGCGAGGCCGCCCCCGAGGCGCUGUCGUUGACACCGUCGACGACGCCGGUGCCGACAGUAGCCCAGGAGGGUUCCUCCUCCUCUUCCUCCACCUCCACCUCCUGGCCGCAACCCCCCCCGCUCCCGCCUCGUUCCGCCGUAACCCCCGACGCGCAUGGCGCCGCGGAUGGGGAAUCGGAGCCUGAACCGGUACAGCAGUCAGUCUGUGGUGCGUAUGAUGAUGGUGUUGCCGGGGCAGGGACGGAGGAGCUAGCGACGGGAGAGCACGGCGGAGAAGGUAUUGUCGGAGCCGGCAGCGGCGCUGAUGACAGGAGUAUAGUUGCCGACAAUCCCACAGCAGCGGCAAGAGCAACUGCAGCAGAGGAAGCGCGGGCGGUAAGCGCUACCGUGGCCGUGGUACCCGCGGCGGCGGCGGCGGCGGCGGCGGCGGUUCCGGCGAUGGAGGAUGCGAUGGAUGAGGCUGACGAAGGCGGUGGUGUUGUCGUCGUCAGCGAUGCCGCCGAGGUGACGCCUCCUGCUCAUGAGGUGCCGCCUCCUACUCAUGAGGUGUCGGCUCCUGCUGCUCAUGACGUGUCGGCUCCUACACAUGAGGUGUCGGCUCCUGUUGCUCAUGAGGUGCCGGUUCCUGCUGCUCAUGAAGUGUCGGCUCCUGCUGCUAGUGAGGUACCGCCUCCCGCUGCUGAUGAGGUGCUGCCGACCCCUGCUGACGACGAGGUACCCCCCCCUGGCGCUGAUGAGGUAUUACCCCCGGCUGUCGAGGGCCCUCCUGUGGUGCCGGAGGAAGCGACCUCCUGCCCGGCGGGGAACGUUGACGCGUUGUUGGCGGGACAGGCCAGUGACGGAGGUGCUCAGGCGGCGGCGGCGGCGGCGGCGGCGGCGGGCGGCUCGGAAGGUGUUGCUCCACCCGCGACCUUGGCGGCGUCUGGUGGGGGAGAACCCGAGGAAGUGGGCGAGAGGGAAGGCCAGGAAUCCGCCCCGUAGCACCUCGCGGUAUGAUGACCGGCAUGCUUUCACCUACAACAAUCGGUUUUGGACUUGUGCUGUUCGCGCGGGAUGUUUUUGGGGUGGGUGGGGCGUGUGGUACGUUUUUUUUGGCUCGCUCUCGGUGUGUGCUCACGUACGUACGUUCGUGUCGGCGGCGCUGUUUAAAAGGUGAUGCCCGAAUGAGUCGAGGUUUUAAAGGUGCCACCGCUGGAGAUGAUGCGGCUGCUUUUGUUGUCGCUUGCUGGUCUGCUGGUGCUGGUACUGGUGCUGCCGCUGCUGCUGAGGUGGCGGCGCGCGUGCGCAGCUAAAUAGCUAGCUAGUUAGUUUUUCUCGUGGACUGAUAUUUUCCUCGGUGCUGGCGCGCGUGGGGCGAAAGGAGGGGACCGGCUGUUCGGUGUUAUUUCGUCUUGCUUUGAUGAUCGUUCUUUCGACGGCGGAGGGAUGUACGUCUCACUCCCUCUCUUCCGCGUUCGUGUCAUUUCAAGGCGCUUGUUUGUGUGUAUUGGGUUGGUUCACUUCAGCGCAUCUCGUACUAAACUACUACUAUGAUAAUGCAUAGGUACCCUGGUGGGUUGGCUUCCACAAGCAACCGGAUGGCGUUAUUUCCAUUUUGUGCGAGUGGUGUGGGGUGAACAGAAAAAACAGCACCUUCUCUUUUGGGCCGGGUGCUGUGAAACGGGGAGUCACGGGGAAAAAGCAGUUCUAUUCACCGGGUACAUGUGUAGUUUGCGGUAGAUCUCGUCUGUAAUUUCGAUCUGU